AUACAGCAAAUUUCUACACCCGGCUUCCCCUCUCGUCGUCGAUCAUCGACCGAAACCCCAACUCAAAGCGCAUCAUUCCCUCAAAAAAUAGGCAUAUGUGCUCCUCCUCCUUGAUUUCGAUCUCAACUUCUAACAAAAAACUAGAAAAAAUCGAAAGAAAAUAAGCAAAGAUGGCUCCUUUCGAUAGGAGCAAUCGAGAACGAGAGCAGGGCGACGAUGAGCCCUCGAUUUUGGGCGUUCUCUUCUUUGGUUUGAUCGGCGCAACCGCGACCACUAUUGCGGCUGGUCGGCUGCGGACAACUAUUGAUAAGAUCUAUAAUCAGCUCAAGUCACACACCUAUUCAUCACGGACUAGCGGAGCAAGUACUUCAAAUCGGGGUAGUAACGCAUGGAAUAGAUACAACAGACGGAUGCAGGAGGAGUAUGAGGAGGAAAUGGAGCGACUGGAGCGUAUAAGGCGAAUGCAAAAUGUGUUUAACAGAGGGAGAAGCAAACAGAAGAAGACCUAUGAAACUUGGAAGGAGCAUGGUCCUGGUACAUAUCAACAUUUCCAAAGGGAUGACUGGUACUGGAAGACUGACACAUCGUACAAGGAUAGAAGAACUACUUACGGGUCCACUACUAGUGGCAGUGGGAACUAUAUACUGUCACAUCACUACUCAGUUUUGGGUCUCGACAGGUGUAGGACGAAACCGUACUCUGAUGCGGAGAUUAAGACAGCUUUCAGAGCCAAGGCAAUGGAAUAUCAUCCUGAUCAAAACCAGGGUAAUAAAGAGGCUGCCGAGGCAAAGUUUAAAGAAGUGAUGAUUUCUUAUGAUGCAAUAAAAUCAGAGAGGAAAAAUGGACGGUCCUAAAGUUAUUGUUGAUUUAACAUUUUUCUUCUCAGUGCCAAUCAAUUUUGACGGGAUCAUGCACGCAGUGGCUAAAAACCAUAGAUAAAGUGAUAGAUGAUUGUGCCUCCUCCCUAUAUAUGAGUGCGAGCGGCGUGGAUUCGUUUCCAUCUAGAGUUUUCAUGGUGAUUGGAAGAUCCCAAUGAAAUCGUAUAUGAUAUGGUGUAUAUAUUACUCAAUUCUUUGUGGCAUGUGCGUUCCUAUAAAGCUCUCUUUCAUUUAUCAAAAGAAGCUCUGUUGUAUACCCUAUCAACUUGAAGUUGGAAGGCACAAUCCGCCAGCAUUUAUCUUGCACUGGAGAAAUAAGCUUCUGGUAGUCUCAUAGAUGGUGAUACGGGAGACUCUCCCUGCUAUAAAUAUGGAUACAUUUGAUUUUCACAUCUUGCUUAUGCUCUUGAUUCUGACUGACACGUGUUAAGUAACAGUCAACUGCAUUUAUUAUUUGAGAUGUAUUAUAUUCUGACAGGGAAAUAAGAAUGAGUUGAAAAUAUGAAGCUGAUGUUGCGUCUUGUUUCAUGGGUAGAGUUACCUGAUCAAAAACUGUUGUAGGCUUUUGCCAAGCGUGAUAAACAUAGUAACGCAAGAAUGUAUCAGCAAAGUAUGAUUUUAUCGACGUAUUUGUUUUUGGCUUU